GUGCGCGUCAGUCGAUUCGAUAAUUCCCUGGAAUAGCAAUGAAAUUAUUGCCAAGCCUACUCGCGGUAGCCUUGGCCUUUGGCUUGGUGUCUGCUCAGUUCGACACCCAUCAGUGGGCAGGUCGAAGCGGAAUCGUGCACCUGUUCGAGUGGAGAUGGAACGACAUUGCGGAUGAAUGCGAGCGGUUUUUGGCCCCGAGAGGCUAUGCCGGUGUCCAGGUUUCGCCACCAACGGAGAACGUAAUCAUCGCUGGACGACCUUGGUGGGAGCGUUACCAGCCAGCUUCCUAUCAUCUGAACACCCGCUCCGGUACUGAAGCCGAAUUCGCAAGCAUGGUACGGCGCUGUAAUGACGUUGGAGUGCGAAUCUACGUGGACAUCGUUAUCAACCAUAUGGCCGCCGUUUCCGGACAAGGUACUGGAGGAUCGACUGUUAAUGGAUUGAACUUCCCUGCAGUCCCCUACGGACCGAACGACUUCAAUCCUCCUUGUGAAAUCUACGACUACAACAACCGCUAUCAGGUGCGUAACUGCUGGCUGGUCGGCCUUCCAGAUUUGGCCCUAGGAAACGAAUGGCCUCGUUGGCGAGUCAUCGAUUUGAUGAACAAGUGUAUCAACUAUGGCGUUGCCGGAUUCCGUGUUGAUGCUGUAAAGCACAUGUGGCCUGCAGAUUUGGAAUUCAUCUACGGCAACCUGGUUACUCUGAACACCGACCAUGGAUUCCCGGCGGGAGCGAGGGCUUUCCUUACGCAGGAGGUCAUUGAUUUGGGCAACGAAGCGAUCUCCAGCACGGAAUACACUCACCUGGGAACGGUUACCGAGUUCAAACAUUCUGCCGAAAUCGGACGAGUAUUCUACGGACGCGAUAGACUAGCCCACCUGUCGAACUGGGGCGAAGGAUGGGGAUUCCUUCCGUCGCACUUGGCACUGGUGUUCGUCGACAAUCACGAUAACCAACGAGGUCACGGAGCUGGAGGCGACAAUAUCCUCACCCAUAAGUCAUUCCGGAACUACAAAAUGGCGACGGCUUUCAUGUUGGCCCAUCCAUUCGGAAUCGUGCGUGUCAUGAGUUCGUUCUUCUUUGAACAUGGUGACCAGGGACCGCCGCAGGACGCAAAUGGCAACCUGAUUCCUCCGUCGAUCAACGCGGACAACACCUGCGGAAAUGGAUGGGUCUGCGAGCACCGCUGGCGCCAGGUCUACAACAUGAUCGGGUUCCGUAAUGCCGCUGGCAAUACCGGAAUCACCAAUUGGUGGUCCAACGGUAAUCAGCAGAUUGCCUUCUGUCGUGGAACUAACGGAUUCGUGGCGUUCAACUUGGAAGGAACGGAUUUGAAUCAGAAUUUGCAGACGUGUCUACCGGCGGGCAUCUACUGUGAUGUCAUUUCCGGCAGCAAGGAAGGAAACAUCUGUACCGGUGGCACCGUACAGGUUGGCACUGACGGACGGGCGAAUAUCCUUAUUCCGUUCAACGCGUACGAUGGUGUCUUGGCCAUUCAUAUCAAUGCUAGGUUGUAAGUUGGAAAUGAAAUAAAGUAGUUUUUGAAUUUGUUGAUCA